AUGACUGUGCAAGCAAGAGAAAAAAGGGAAGCUAGUUGUAAAACCAUGGAACUGCAGUGGAAAAUAGAAGAAAGUGUUGGAGAAGAUGGUUCGCAUAGAAUUUCAGAUGGAGAGGUUGAUGCUGCACUGAAGAAUGUUGACCAGCAGUUGGAAGACUUUAGUAACAAUAUUGAGAAGUUGGAAGCUCUUGGAACGAAAAUAUCGGACACACUAACUGCAAAGCAGCAUGAGCUUGAGAAGGACAUUGAUGAAAAAAUUGCAAAGCUUGAAAACAAAACAUUAGAGACGCUCCAAGCAAAGAUUCAAGAUCUGCAAGCUCUCAAAGAUGAAACUGCAACUCUCACAGUAGCUUUCAAGGCAAGGUUGAACUCUAAUAGUGCUGCUCCUUCCGGACAGACUUUUGUGUUUCCUACUGUACUCUUCAAUGAAGGAGAUGCUUACAGCUCCAGGACCGGCAAAUUUACAGCAACCACCAGUGGAACAUACUUGUUCAGUGUGGCGUUUUGUGUGAAGUACCAGAAAAGUUUGUUCAUCAGUAUUAUGGUGGAUGGUAGCAAGUAUACUGUGGCAGCAUUCUAUGGAGAUGCAAACCACGGGUGCUCAACUGCUGACACAGUGGCUGUUUUGACAGCUGGGCAGAUGGUAUGGGUGGCGGCAUUAUCUGGUAGUAGCUAUGGUACAAUAAUAGAUCAAAAUACAAAUUUAUAUUGGAACACAUUUUCUGGAACAUUAAUUUAUAAAUAAGCAUCAUAAUGUGGAUAAACUCAUCUUCAGUUGUUCCUGAGCAUCCACUGAAAGUGUUAUAAAAAACAAUUUCAGAAAGCUUUAAUGAAUGUAUAAAUCAUAAAUGACUAUAUUUCCCAAUUGCUCAUAUUCACUCAAACAUGGUAUAUGGAGGACAUUUGUUUGUUUCAGUGAAAGGCUGAAAUAUGUUUUGAGUGAACACUACAUGGAUAAAUGGCAUAGUAAAAAUUCAAAAUCUGGUUUCACGAGUUAAAAAUAUAUUUGAUCUUUACAGACACUUUCUAUUUUCCGUAUUUUCAAAGGUUUAAUUUUUAUACAAUAUCAUGGUGUAACAAUGUUAAUAUUGAACAAGAUUAAGUACUUCUUUCAGAUAUUUAUAGAUUUAUGUUAUCUUGUAUACUAUUAUGUGACGACAGACAAAUCCUUCCAAUUGUAGAGCUAAAUUGUUUUUAUACAUGUAUAUAGCAUAUAACAUUGUAUUGCACUAGCCCAUUUAUAUAAGAUAUUCACAAUGACUACCAAUUUUCAAAACUUGCUGUUAUUG